AUGCUCCAAAUUGUGAUACAUUUUUGGCUUUAUCUCCAAUGGGACAACGCCCCGUCAUUUGCUCCGGAAAAGCCAGCAACUCAUUUAGUUACUCCUAAUUUCAGACCGAUAUGUACAACCCAUAAUUGUCAACCAGACGCUACCCCAAAUAACAUUAAUGGAAAACCUAGCAGUUAUAAUGUUCCCAUUUUAGGAACCAACCCUAAUUUUCAACAAAAUAUUCCCGUAAACCCUUCCACUAAACCACUUCCUAGUAAUCCAUCAAUUGCGGGACACGAAUCUAAUUGUGGAUCCAAUGGCUGUGGGUCUAAUACACAAAAAUUUCCUGAUUUUGGACUAAAAAGUCCAAAAUAUUCACAUGUAUCCAACACACCUACACAGAAUUUUGGUAUUUUGUCGGGUGCAGCUCCAAAACCUUCAUAUAAUACUUACCCUUGUACUACUCCAAAUUGUGGCAGUUCCUUAUUCCCUAAUGAAAAUAAUUCGGGUUGGACUAAUAAAGUAAAGCCAAGCGACUUCACGUCAAUAAACCACAAUGCUCCAACUUAUACCAAUGUCGUUGGAAGUAACGCAGGAUCCACUACACAAUAUCCAGGACACACUGGCACUGGCAAUUUUUAUGAUGUUGCUAACAAUAAGGUUCCGUCCUACUUAGGCGGUUUAAGUAAGCCUACAGGAUCUUUGAAUGGUGUUGUUUUUCCAAGUAUAUCAAGCACAGUUAAGCCAAAUUUAGUCACUGAAUCAAGUCUUCCGAAGUAUACAGGUGGAUUUGGAGGGCCAAAAGGACCUGUAGAUGCAGCAAUUCGUCCAGGUUCUCCCAACACAUAUAAACCUCAUUCUAAUGAAGUGUCCACUGAAUCUAACUUGCCUCGCUAUACGGGUGGUUUUGGUGGACCUAGUGGAUCUGUUACAGCCGCAUUAAAACCAGAACUUUUUACAACAUCCAAACCAAACCUGAAUAUAAAACCUGCACCUGAAACAGUCUACACAGGAGGAUUCAGUGGAUUGAACACGAAUAAACCUGUAAUAAACACCAAUCCUACACAUGGUAGUGGUUAUACAAUACCAAAUUAUGUAAGCACUGGAGUUUCCACCUUUACAACACCAUCAACCACUUUUGUUACUAAUGUUGGUCAUCAAGUUGCUGUCAAUUCUCAUAAUUUACAAAAUCCAAUAAACGAAAAGGAAAAGCUACCAAAAUACACAGGUGGUUUUGGAGGGCCACAAGGAAUACUGAAUCCAAAUGAAUUUACCAUGCCCUCAACAUUCCCUUCUGCAUUUCCAACCUCGCCUUGUGGUACUGCUGGUUGCAACUCAAAACCCGUUUUAAAUGAGAACCACAACAACGCUGAUGCCAAUGCUAAUGCUCAAGCAAAUGCUAAAGAUGUUGUUUAUUCUGGCGGAUUUGGCGGUCCAUCAGGUGUAUUACAACCAUCUGAAAAAGACCAGUACAUUAAUACGGGGAAAAAUAAACAAGAUAGUGUCGAAUCUGAUAUCAAAACCAACAAUUAUUUCCACCAAAAAACACCUAACUACGAUUCAACCAACAUACAAGCUAAUGCUGGACUUGAAACCGUCGGUUCUGGUGUUGGAACUCAAUAUAACCCCCAGAAUACUGAUACCAAAUCAAAUAUACAGAAUAACCAGUUCCCCAUUAAAAAUAUGAAUGAAAAUAACAACUCUGAGAAAGAAAAGGAAUUAAAUGAAUAUGUUAAACAAGCCAAUAUCGCAGGUUCUUCUCAAGGGGUUGGAUUACAAUACAGUGGAUCUCUAAACUCACCAGAUCUAAAUACAAAUAUAAAUAAAAAGGAAGACUCGGAAACGAUGCUAAACGAUUAUAUAAAACAAGCCAAUGUUGCAGGAGCUUUUGCGAGCGCGGGAGCACAAGCAAAUGCAAAUAGCGCUUCGCAGCUGUAA